AUGGGAGAUAUUGUUACAAUGAAGGUUAAAGAAGGAGGUGGACCUUCUUCAUUGAAGUGCCCAAUGUUGACAACUACGAAUUAUACCGUAUGGGCUAUGCGAAUCAAGGUUUUGCUCAGAGUGCAUAAGGUAUGGGAUGUCGUUGAAAGUGAGCCUGAUCACGGAGAGAAGAACGAUAUGGCAAUUGCCCUAAUCUUCCAAUCUAUACCUGAGACACUUAACUUACAAGUAGGUGACUUGGAUACAGCUAAGAAGGUUUGUGACGCAAUCAAAUCGAGACAUAUGGGAGCAGACCGGGUGCGUGAGGCCAGACUACAGAUGCUGAUGGCCGAAUUUGAUAGAUUACGGAUGAAAGAUACUGAUACGAUAGACGAUUUCGUAGGCAAAAUAUCAGAAAUUUCAUCAAAAUCUUCAGCGUUGGGUGAAACUAUCGAAGGAACAAAGCUAGUAAAGAAGUUUCUUUCGAGUCUACCUCGAAAGAAAUAUAUACAUAUUGUGGCAUCACUAGAGCAGGUCCUUGACCUUAAGAUCACGAGUUUUGAAGACAUAAUUGGAAGGUUGAAAACAUAUGAGGAGAAAGUUGCAGAAGAAGAAUAA